AUGCCGAAUUGGUUUAGGAUGGCGCAGGUACUUACUGUAUGCGCUUUCCACACUGAAUUAAUCGGCUACUCGAAGACUACUGAACAAAAUCUCGUGCCAUUCAUCCUGCUACACACGGGGCUCAUCUUGUUCGGACUUGUGGCCAUGCUUACAAUUAGUUACUCCAUCACGAGGCUAAACCGCUUCAUCAUCCCUAUUUUCUCGCUGGCUGGAUGCGUUUUAGUACUGGCGAAGCCAAUAAUGUACAAACAAUACUGGCACUCACUCAGUAUCAUGGCCUACAUUGGCUUCUCCUUCGAAAUUUUGGCUGCCAUCCUCACCUACAAUUUUGCAGAAUAA